AUGGUUUGGAGUGCUUUCGGCUGGCCCGAAGCCGCCCCGACGGUGCAAUCUAAGGAUGAUUCUGAAGCUGAUUACCCCGAAUGUGACUACGACACUAACUUGACUCCACUUUACGAAGCCAUCGAAGAGAGGGCAUGGAUCGCUGUCAAUCAGUUCUUGCACUCUGGCUACUGGCCAGAGUCGCUCUUCGCUGACAAAAUGACACCCGAAGAGCAAUCACGCACAUGGGUUACUCGUUACGAAACGAGAGAAGAUGGAUCCAAGAAAGUCAGAUGGAGCCAACUGCCGAUUCAUGCUGCUGUCAUCUUCGGGGCUCCCUCAGUUGUUAUCCAGCAGCUUGUGGAAGCCUUCCCUCAAUCUGUUCGUUGUACUGAUGAUCACCGCAUGCUUCCACUGCACUUGGCGUUCCGUCACGGAUCUGAUGAUUCAGUGCUUGCAUUGUUCUUGGAUGAAUUCCCCGAAGCUGUAAAUGUCCGUGGAUACAAAGGCCGACUCCCCGUUGAGUGUGCAAAGAAGGGCCCCAACCCUGAGCGUGGCGCCAUCAUUCAAACAAUUCUGAUGAAGAACCAAACUGCGUGGGAACGGAAAAAGUCUGCCGUGCAACUCAAGGAGCUUUACUGUGUGAAGGAAGCUCUGAAAAUCAAGGGCCAAAAAGUAUCCCAUCUUGAGACAGCCAUUCGAGAAAUCAAAUCUCGUGAACACAAGACACGCAAGGAGUUGGCUAGCACCAUGACUGAACUGAAGGCUGCCAAGAUCAAGUCCAAGGAUGCUGCAGAGGCCAACAAUGACCCGAACAACGCCCCCCGGGAUGACACUGCUGAGAAGAUGGCUGUGAAGAAAUUGGUUGAGAGACUUGCUGGGUUGGAGAUGGCCACCAAGGAUUUGGUGGAGAAGGAAAGGUCGACCAAGAAAGAGCUCAAGAAGACAAUGGCAGAGUUGGAGGCUACCAAGAAGAUGAAACCAACUGAAGACCAAGUCCAACAGUUUGCCAAGCUUGAAAAGGUCGCAUCCAAGGAAAGCGGCCUCUUUGAGGGAAAUGCAAAACCUAGCAAAGCCCAGUCAGAGCCCGACAAGAUGACAGAACCAGCCCAAGCAGAGCCAAUAAAGUCGGCAAAGGCAGAGAAGAAGGCAGAGAAGAAGGCAGAGAAGAAGGCCGCUGAGCCAACGAAGGUAGAACCAACCAAAGUCGAGCCUGCACCUGAGCCUGUACCUGAGCCUGUGGAAGUUGAACCAACGACAGCACCCGAGCCUGAAUCGAAGGCAGCUGAGCCAGCCGCGACAGAAUCCGUCGCAGGUCAGGAUGCAAAGUCAGUUUCUUCCAAGCGCAGUUCGAGGAAAAGUGUUUCCUCCCCCUUCAACAUCUUCAAGAGUGCCGAGAGCCUUGUCAAGAGUUUCAUCGAAAAGCCAGCUGAAGACCCCUCUAAGUCGGAGCCGGCUGAAGAGCCCCCCAAGUCGGAGGACCCCUCGGAGCCGGUUGAGGAAUCUUCUGAGCCCGCUGAUGGACCUUCCAAGGUCAAAUCUGUUGAGCCUGCCAAGCCUGAGCCUGCUCCCCCGGUUCAUAAAUCUCUAUCACGCGAGAUGGAUAAGGAAAGGCUCCGCCAGGUUGAAGAGGCCAACAGAGCUCUGGAGGAGAAGCUCUCUCAAGCCCAAGAUCUGGAGAAAGAAAGGAUUCGCCAGGUCGAAGAAGCCAACAAAGAUGACGAGAUCAAAGACUCGCCGUCUCGAGAGAUGGAAAGAAUCAAACUUCGCCAGGUGGAGGAAGCCAAUGUAGCCUUGGUGAAGAAGAUCAAGGAAUUAGAGGUGACUAUGGAGAUCAACCAAGACAGGCAGGCAAGAGCACUAGAAGAGUAUGAAGCUGUCAGUGUCCCGGACCACAACAACCGCUUCACUGGGCAUCAAACCGAACAGAUGGCUGCCAUCCAACAAGAAAUGAAAUUGUUGAAGGUGACCUCUGAGAAGACCAAGGCUGAGUUGGACACGGCGUUGGACCAACUGGCAGAACUCAGGAAGCAGCAAGAAGCCGGAAUGACGGCGGCCAUGGCUCACAAAGCCAAGGCUGACGAGGCGACGGAAGAGAGCAAUAAAAAGCUUGAGAAGAAGGUUGCCCUACUGGAAUUGGCUUUGAACCAGUUUGAGGGAAAAUCUAUCUUGGCUAGAGAGGAGAUGCAAAACAUCCAGAAAACCAUGAAAGACGAUUCCACUGUGAAGCUCACAAGAUCGCAAGAAAAGCACUUGGCCUUGUUGGAAGCUGCGAUGAAGAAGCUCGAGCAGAACGCGGAGAAGACGAAGAAUGAAUUGGAUAGUGCUUUGGCUGAACUGAAUACCAUUAGAGCAAAGGAGGCAGAAGAAGCAGCAAAGAAAGCUGCUGCUGAAAACGAGAAACUAACGUCAAUAGAACUGGCGAACAAGGAACUUGAAGACAAGAUCAUUAUGUUGGAGGCCACUAUGAAAGGAUUUGAAGAGAAAGCAUCGAAGACCAAAGAAGAAAUGGACCAAGCCCUCCAUGACCUGAAGACUUCGGAGGUGGCAAGACCUUCCGAUAGCCGCUCUGUUGCGUCGGGAAGCGUCGGAAGCAUCAAGUUGACCAAGAAGCAGAAGCAGCACAUGGAAGCACUCGAAGAAUCCAUGAAGAAGCUCGAGGAAAGAGCCAACGACACUAAGACUCAGUUGGAUGAGGCUUUAGAGGAGCUCAAAACACUGAAGGCCACCGAGGAGAUGCAAUUUGUGUCCAACCAGGCUACGAGCCAGAAAGAGAGCAAGGCGAUGAAGGAUCUUGCCAAGAAGGUCCAAGCGUUGCAAUCUGCGAUGGUUGGUUUUGAGGUCAAGGAGACGAAGACAAUGCAAGAACUCGAGAAGACAAUGCGAGAACUCGAGACCGUUUCCAACAAACGUUUCGAGAUCUUGGCGCUGGGCGCAGACAGAACAACAGAGCUCGCCAGCGAUCCUCUGUUUACAAAAGAAGUAUCGAAGCUUGAAAAGAGAGCCGUCAAAGAGGAGCAGCGAAUUUUGGAAUUGGAGCAAGCAGUCCAAGAUAUCGUAACCAAGAGUGGAAACACCAAGACUGAAUUGGAGACAGCAACGACGUUGUUGGAAGAUCUUCAGAAGAAACAAGACGCGAGGGACCACGCGCCAAGGACCAAGGAAGAGAAGGAAGAGGCGCGACAGGACAAGAAGUUAAUGAAAGAAUUGACGAAGAAGGUUUCGACCCUUCAGUCCGCGGUGAUUGGUUUCGAAGUGAAAGAGACCAGAACCAUGCAAGAACUUGAGAGCACCAUGAAGCAACUGGAGGAGCUCACGUCGAAGAGGUUUGAAGUGUUGGAAAAGGCUUCUGCUAUGAAAGAGCAGGACACUGAAAGGCUCGUCGCCGCUGGUGCACUGGCGGAAGAAAAGGUGACAGCUCUCCACGCUGCAAUGAAGGAUCUUGAACAAAAUGCUGCGACGACCCAUACAGAACUUGAAAAGACUAAGCUUGAAUUGGAAGCUAUGAAAGCUGCAAAUGCUGCCGGGGACGGAGUCAGUAAGGAGGUCAUCUCUUCUCAGGAAGGACAGAUCCAGGAUCUCAACGAGAAGAUUACCGUGUUGCAGCAAGCGGUACAGGGCUUCGAAAUCAAGGAGACGAAGACCAUGCAAGAGUUGGAGCAGACAAUGAAACAGCUCGAGGAAUUGACGGCCAAACGUUUUGAGGUCUUGCAGAAGGUAGCUGGAAGAGAGAUCGAAGCUGCCAAAACUGCAGAGGCCCACAAGUACUCCCAGAAGGCAGCUGAAGAUGAAAAGAAGGUGGCUGCCUUGGAAUUCGCCAUGCGAGAGUUGGAGUCCAAGGCGUACAAAACCAAACUGGAGUUGGAGAGGACAAUGAAGGGACUUGAGCACCUCGAAGAAACGCAGCAGACCAGUCAGCAGGUUUCUGGCGUCACAAAGGAAGAAAAGCGGGUGAUGCGAGAACUGGUGAGUAUGGUUGCUGAUAUUCAAGAAGCAGUCAUGGCAUACGACGAGAAGGAGAACAAAACAACCCAGCAGCUGGAACGAACAAGACAAGAGCUGGAAGCAACCAAGGAUGAAGUCUUGCAACUUAAGGAGCAACAAGCCGCAACCGCAACCCGUCAGCAUGAAGCUGAAAUCAAUAUCGUUGCCACUGACGAUAACCAGUCGCAAGUUGAGGCAGUGGAGGCGACUGAUGCCGAAGAACCUAAGGAAAGCAAGGAAGCGGCAGAGACUGCGAAGCGGGUGACAGAAGAAACUUUGUCAUCCUUGGAGACUGCCAUCCAUCGCUUGAUGGAGCAAAUCAACACGGAGGACGAAGAGGAAGUGGCGAACACCGCAGGCAAACUGGCUGCAGCUCUCAGCAACUUGGAAGCAAAGAAACCCAUCGAGACUAAACAGCCCGAGGCGAAACAACAGCUCGAGGCGAAACAACAGCCCGAGGCGAAGAACUUAGUCCAAGCAGCCAAAGAAGCGAAAGCUCAGAGACGGCGUGGUUCGUUCUUCCGAAAGUCUGGGCGGGGAUCCGCGAAGGAGGAAAAGAAGUCCAAGCAGAAGGGACAAAAGAAGGAACGCCGAAGUUUCUUUGGCUCUUUCAAGAAGUCUCGCACGAAGGCACCAAAGCCCGAGGAGGUGCUGGCUCAGCCAGUUGCCGCGCCUGAGCCCGUUGUCGAGAAUGCGCCCGAGCCUGUAGCUGCUCCUGUUGCCGCUCCCGAACCUGCAAUCACUGACGAACAAAAGAAGGCCAUCGAAGCCGUCCACGGCAAAGCUAUCACGGCCGUUCUCACCGAUCAGCAGAUGCUGGACCUGCUAAGCAAGAUGAAGGAGGCACCUGCACCUGCCUUUGAGCCCGCUGCCGCGAAAGCUUCUUCACCUAAGAGUGCGACUUCCCCUAAGAGUGUGAAUGUGACGGAAAAUCAGGAAAUCGUGAAAGUCACAUCGUUGCUCUCUGGUGGAAGCACUGCCGGCAAGAGCCACGAGAGUCCUAGUGUUGCGAAGAGCCACGACAGCCCCAGCGUCCCCAGCGUCCAAAGCACAGGCAUCAAAGAAGAAGAUCCAAACAUGAUGAUUGUUUCACUUCCUAGUCAGAGAAGCGAGAAAUCCGGCAAGAGCAAGAGCAGCAAAAAGAGUAAGGCUAGCAAAAACAGCAAGGGCUCCGGCACAAGCAAUAAGAGCGAACAGACGGAACCUAUCACCAACCAGAAGAAACCUUCGAGCCCCAGCAACCGACAAAGCAUUUCCCCUGCUCCCACUGACACUGUUGAAUCCCCAAAAUCCCCCAAAGAGAAGGAUGUUCUGGUGACCGCUGGAACUUAUGACGACGGUUUCGAAAUCAAUUUUUGA